AUUCUGCUUCAGUUUACUGUAUUUUUGAACAAACCCCCAUGCUUACACCCGAUCACAUAAAUAGCGACGCUCUAGUCCACCUUUAACCACCCAGCACACACACCGCCACGCCGCAGCCGCCGAAGAUUAUAAACCGAUUAUUGCAUUACUGUCUCUCCCAGGGCGGCGGUCAAAAAGCGAUCGAGUGAGGGACCGUGAAGCCUGCGCACCAGGACGAUAUCCAAUUGAGUCAAUUGAAUAGCAGUUUAUUUAAAAAAAAAGGUGGGAGGAGAGAAGAGAAGAAAAAGAGGGGGGGAGAGAGAAUGAUCAUUUUCUGAGCAGAUCCCAUCAGGGGGCCGAGGAAGCAGUUGAUGUCGCUUGGUAGUGGUUGAUGUAGCGGCACUGCUGACUCCCUCUCUUACUGUUCUGGACUCCGGACCAGAGUGGGCGUCUGUAAAAUAGUGUACACAACUGUUAUACGAUGGAACCGUAACGAAGCCGGGUUUAGUGAAUAGAUACUGAAAACACUAAAAGACAACGAACACCUCUCCCAGCCAGUGGAUUAACCAUGGGGGACCGCCGAGGACAUUUAUAACGUAGGAAAACGCAAAAGGAUAUACCAAUUGGAAUAAUUCGACAAGAAAUUUUACAUUGUCUAUAGAAGGGGGAAGGCCUUUUUUUUCUUUUCUUUUUUUACACAGCUGAGGACGCAAGAAUGGAAGGCUGUCAGACACGGCUUUGCAGUGGGUGCUGGAGAUUUGUGCUGUGGUCCGGCUUUAUCAUUCUGCACUUGGUUCCCUUGUGCGCACAUGGCCUCUCCCUGGAGGGCAAUGCCACUCAGACGGCCAGCAAGGCUAAUGGCUCCUCUCUGUGUGUGGGAUGCCAGGGAAGUGUGGAUGCUGCCAGGGAGAGUGAGCUGGUGGCUCCGGUGACUGGCUCUGCCAAGCCCUUUGCGUUGGCCCUGCGGAGCUCCCGGCGUCCUAGAGAGGGCCGGGAGGAUCUGGGGAGUGGGGAUGGUGGGUUCGGAGUUCUGGGAGAAAGUGCCACUACCGCCCCCCUUAGCCAAGGUGGGGGAACAGCAUCACCAGGCCUAACCGAGAUCAGCCCCGACUCGGCAGAGAAGGACCACCUACUGGAGGUGCAGCCGGGGGGAGGGUUGCCCACAGUGCCCAGUUCUGAGAUCCUGUUGGACUUUAAGGGGCAGGACGAGGAGGUCGAGCUCUUGCACACUGACCAACCCUGGCAGGGAGCUAAGGGGGAUGUGGAUUUCACUGUCCUCUUUGAACAACAGUCCACCUCUCCUCCUGCCCGGCCCCCCUCCACCACCCCCCGCGACGUCCUUACUGUAGAAUACUACGACCCCUCGGCCCACGCCCGGGAACUCCCGACGCCAUCCCCCGAGCCGGCCGCACAUGAGCUGCAGGGCCAGCCCACCUCCUGGUCCCUGCCCGACGGCUAUGACUACCUCACGCCCUACGAGGAAAGCUACUCCACCACUGAGCUCUACCCCGACGAGGACCAGUUCACCACGGUGGACCUGCAGGACGAGAACGACCCCAGCCCGCCCCCCUCCCCCUCUCCCUCUCCCAGCACCGGGCCCCCCGAGGACAUGCUCCCCAGCGGGGCUGAAGAGGUGGAGUCUCCUGCCAUGCCAGGCGUCCCAGGAGCAGCCAACGCCACGGAAUGCCGGGUGGGCUACGUGCGGCACAACGCCACCUGCCGCUCGCUCUGUGACUUCUUCCCCAGCUACUGCUUCAACGGGGGCCAGUGCUACCUGGUGGAGGGCACGGGCGUCUUCUGCAGGUGCAAUGUGCAGGACUAUAUCUGGCACAAGGGCUCCCGGUGUGAAUCUGUCAUCACCGAGUUCCAGGUGAUGUGCAUGGCGAUCGGGGCCGCCGCUCUUAUGGUCCUGCUGCUCUUCAUGAUCACCGUCUUCUUCGCCAAGAAGCUGCAUCUGCUCAAGACUGAGAACAGCAAGCUGCGCAAACGCAGUAAGUACCGCCCUCCCUCGGAGCAGCACAAUGAUAAUUUUUCGCUGUCGACCAUCGCUGAGGGCUCCCACCCAAAUGUAAGGAAACUUUGCGACACCCCACCUAACCUCCCUCAUGCCCGUGCUUUGGCUUACUAUGAUAACAUUAUCUGUCAGAAAACCAUGAGCAGAUACACCUGGGAAUGUAAGACCAAAGAGGAGCCAGACUACCAGGACGAUCCGAACGCACAGAACAAGCUGGAGGACCCUGUGAAGGCCCUGCCCCCCAAGGAGGAAGAGCCCCUCAACAUCCAGAACUCACUGACGCCCAAACACGAGAACAACAAAGCAAGUGGCGAGGACAACGCCGAGGUAAACUCGCUACAGAACAACAUGAUGUAAUACCACACCCCACCACACGGCGGCGACACUGCUCUCUGCCCCCCCAGCCACCACCACCACAUUGCACCAGAAACUCUUGACAACUGCCUCCCCCUCGCUCUGUCUCCUUCCUCCAGGUCUGCCCCAUGCCCUACCCUGCCUUACUGAAUAAUGGCAUGUGUUGGUGUAUUUUAUAUAAAAAACAACAAAAAAAGGAUUUAUGGAAAAAAAGAAAGCAGAAAAAGCUACUGAGAGGUUUUGAUGUUUGUUUGACUAAUUCAGUGAGUAUGUAUAAAUAUAUGGAAAAAAUGCUUGGAUUGAUAUAUGAAAAAAAACACAAUGUGUCUUUGGUUUCAUUUUCAUGUGAUUUCUAAUCCUUUGAUGUAUUUUGGUUGUUUUUUUUGUACUUUUUUGGGAAUACAGAAACAAAAAA